AUGGACGACUUUGCAAGCGAUACGGACAGUGACUACACAAGUUAUUGGAGAGACUGGGUGAGUGCUUCCUUCCAAUUGUCUGAGCCUGUUGGGCUUGCCAUAACAUCUGGAAUCAUAUCCGCCAUGAGCCUUUCGUCGCAAAUGCAACCGAAAACCUCCACAUUCACCCCGUACGCACCAGCUCCAGAUAGCUACACGACAACCGACCUCUGUUUCUCUGCUAUCGAUACUACCGGACAUGUCCGACAAUAUCGUGAGCCAAGACCGAGGAGAAUUCGCGGCCACUUCAUUGCCACGGAGUCCCAAGCAGCGCGUUCCCGCGGCGGUUAGCUCGAGUGACCGAAGCCCCUCUUCAACAUUCGGCGGAUAUCGCGAUGCGGUAUGGCGUUUGCGGCCUGCCUGCCAGCUCUUGAUGAUAUCUUCUCGGCUCAUACGCUCAACUAACUGAAAUUUGGUUUAGUUUAUCUCAUCGCGAGGGAACGAGUACUUCUGCGAAAUUGACGAAGACUACCUCACAGACCGGUUCAACCUCACGGGCCUCAACACGGAGGUUCAGUACUAUCAAUAUGCUCUCGAUCUGGUGACCGAUGUCUUCGACAUGGAAGUAGACGAUGACAUGCGAGAGCAGAUUGAAAAGAGCGCAAGGCAUUUGUACGGCUUGGUGCAUGCACGGUACAUUGUCACCACCCGGGGUCUUGCCAAGAUGGUCAGUCUGUCCUGUCUUUGGAUACUCAACGGUUUGAUCGCGACGCUGACUCGGUACUUCAGAUGGAAAAGUUCAAACAAGGUAUCUUCGGCAAAUGCCCUCGCGUGAUCUGCGAAUCACAACAUCUGUUACCCAUGGGUCAACACGAUGUGCCGAACACAUCACAUGUCAAGCUCUACUGCGCAAGAUGCGAAGACAUUUACAACCCAAAGUCCUCGCGCCACAAUUCGAUUGAUGGAGCCUACUUUGGCUCGAGUUUCCAUAACAUUCUCUUCCAGGUCUAUCCGGCUUUGCAACCGCCAAAGACACAACGCCGCUACGAGCCUAGGAUCUACGGGUUCCGCGUCCACGCAAGUGCAACACUGAUGCGGUGGCAAGAGGAGCGACGAGAGGAGAUGAAGGAGCGUCUGCGUACUCGAGGUAUUGAGACUGGGUUCGAGGAGGAAGACGAGGGCGACGAGGAGAUUGAAAGCGAAGAUGAUGAGGUUGACGAAGACCGGGACGGGAUCGACGAUAUGUUUGAGGGCCAAGGUAUUGUGCAGUAG